AUGGUACCACUAAAUGUUGAUUGCAGUGUCCCUUCAGUUUAUCGUACAUUUGUUAAGGAAGCUCCUUAUGUCAGCGAGCUCGAUGAGAAGAUGAGUGUAACAGAAAGCAAGGUAGUGUACGGUUUACAUAGGGUGGAGAUUCACAGAGGUAGUCGGAGGGUACAUGGUAUCUUUCUGUUUCAGGAAGCAUUGAAGAUCUCAUCUAAGGGAAUAGGUGUGUAUGGUGUUUUGUUGUAUUGUGUUUCUGAUGAUCGUAACAUGAGGGUUAUGUUAGUGAUUAAUCACAUCUCUGAGUGUUUUGACUGGAAACAGCUCGAGCUUCAGUAUCAACAUGAGUACAACAACAUCAGUACUAGCAUUGGCUUGACAGAAAACCCCAUGGUCAAUUUCUCUGGAGUUGUAGGAACACCCCUUCUUGUUCUUGGUACUGAUUUUUCUUACGACACUCCGGUAACCUCACCAAAUGCAAUGCUGGAGUGA